AUGGAGCGUCCCUCUUCGAGCUCCGACGCAGCCUCCAUCCUCUCAGGCUCAACCGUCUUUUCCAAAGAAGCCCAAAUCUCAGUCUCAACCCCGGACUCACCGACAAAAGCCGAAGCAGACACAACUGCAUGUGAUGGCUCUAAGCACCACAAGAGCAUGCGACAGAGAGUCCGCAACGUCGUCGCUGACCUCGGACGUCCACCGACCACAAGAGAUGAUUUGAAGAGCGGUAGCGCGACUCAGAAGCACGUUGAUGUUGGGCCUGCUUCCGGCACGGUUUUGAUGGGCUCGGCAACUGUUUGA